AUGACCGCUUCCGUCCGAGGCUUUAUUACCCUCCUUCCAUUCCUGUUGCUUCUUCUUGCUGCCUCGCAGGCUGUAGUCGCGACUCCCUCUGCACAUGAUCACUACACCAGUACAGCCUUCUCGCAGGCGAAGCGUCGUCGACGUACUCUUGCUGCUCGACAGGAUCUAACUCCUCGUGCGACUGCUGCCGAGAUCGAGCAGGCCUUUGAGAUUCUGCGACGCUCCAAUUACUGGAACUCUGACCUUGCCAAACGAGCCGCCUCGACCAAAGGCGAAUCCGGAAGCAAUCAGUGGGCCGUCAACGAUGACGACAAGUCCAUCUGCUUCUGCGUCAAUCGCGAAGCUGUUGAGACAGCCAGCACCUCUGGGGCCAGCUCACCCUCAUACUCUUCCGCCGGCUCAAGUGCCGGCUCUCAUGUCACCUCUGGAGCUAGCUCAUCUGCUUCAUCGUCGUCAGGCUCAGUAUCUGGGGCUACCUCGAGCUCCUCAUCUGGAUCAACCGAUAGCUCCAGGUCCGGAGGCGGAUCGUACAGGCCCACCUACGUCUACAACAAUUCGUAUGAUAGCUCGCGAACCUCGUCUGUAACCAACAACAACAGCAACACCACCAACAUUAACGCGUCUACGCACGAUUCGCAUGACACUUUCAACACCAACAAGACCUCUACCACCAACAAUGUGCACAAGACGAACAACAAUGACAACUCCUCCCACUCUUAUACCGACAACAGCUCCACCUACCAGGACAACAGCCACAACUACCAGGACAAUUCGCAGACUACGACGGACAGCAACAAUACCGACAACUCGUCGCACUCGAGCUCUUCAUCUACCACCAACAACACCCAGAACAACAUUGACAAGUCUCAGACGACCACCACAAACACCACCAAUAAUUAUGAAGGUGGCGCUGGAGGUGUUGGUGGAAAUAAGAACACAGGCAUCGAUGCCAGUGGAUCCAAGGCAAAUGUCUGCAUUCUCGCUUCGUGCAAGUGA